AUGGCACAACCGAAUCAGAAUAAAAAUAACAAAAAUCAACAACAACAACAACAACAACAACAACAACAACAGCAGCAGCAGCAACAACAACAACGACAGAGCUCGAAUAGCGCACAACAAGCAAAUAAUGGCAAUGCUUCACAACAGCAGAGUAGACCCUCCAGUCAGUUCUCUGCGCAGGAUCUUAACAGAAUUGUCUUGGAGUAUUUGAAUAAAAAAGGUUACCAUCGGACAGAGGCAAUGUUAAGGGCAGAAAGUAGUCGUACCAUUACACCGCAAAAUAAGAAAUCUCCAGGAACCACAAAGAAUGGCAAGCUGCCGGAACCUUCUACGACUCCUCCCGUAUCAGAUAAGACUGUGAAGCCCGUCAGUAAUCCCAUUUUACCACCACAACAGCAACCCGGUGUCAAGAGAGACAAUGAAGGCUCUGUAAUAAUGUCAAGUGAACAACAGGUGAUCAAUUCCAUGUCUCCUGGAAAUUAUAUUAGAGCAUAUUCAUUACUGAAGAAUUGGAUCGAUGAAUCAUUAGAAAUUUAUAAACCAGAAUUAAGCUAUAUUAUUUACCCAAUAUUCAUCUACCUUUUUUUAAAUCUAAUUAGCAAAGAUGCCAUUGUCGCAAGAAGGUUUUUCGAUAAGUUUUCCAGUGAUUAUAAAAUCUUGCAUGGUACAGAUAUUAAUAGACUUUAUAGUAUCAAUUCAGUUGAUCAUAUAAAGGAAAAUGAAACUGCAAAUGCAUUCAUCUCGGGUAAAUAUAGAAUCACCAUUUCAAAGACAAUAUUGAAUCUUCUACUUUAUUUUUUAAAUGAAAAUGAAAAUGUCGGUGGAUCGCUCAUCCUAAGUAUGAUAAAUAAACAUUUACAACCAGUUAUAGUGAAUUCCCCAGUGACUGCAAAAGAUAGACUAGCAGACGGUUUAAAAAUCGAAUCUUCCACUAAUGAUAACAAUAAUGCCAAUGUAAAUCUAGAAAUUAAUUCUAUUCCUGUAAAAUUAGGUCCUUUGCCAAAAGAUGAAGAAUUUGUAAAGGAAGUUGAAACCGAAUUGAAAAUUAAAGAUGAUCAAGAGAAACAGCAACAAGAUAACAAUGAUGCAAACACAAAGACUCUUCUUCAAGAAUAUAAAUCGAUACAAAAUGACACUGCUUCUGAUGCAGCUACUGUAACAGAUAAAAAUGAAGACGAUAAAGAUAAAAGUGACAAUUUGAUAAAAGAAACUAAAGAGGAAGUUCUUGAAGAAAAUAAAAAUAUAAUAAAAACACCUGUUGAAUCUAAAGCAUUCAUGGUCUCUCCAUCCAUUGACACACUUCCUUUACCAUUAAAGACAUCACUAGAUUUAAAAUUAGAAAUUCAAAAGGUAAAAGAGUCUCGUGACGCGAUCAGGUUGGAUAAUAUACAAACUUCAUUACCAAGUGUUUGUAUGUAUACUUUCCACAAUACAAACAAGGAUAUGUCCUGUUUGGAAUUUAGUGAUGACUGUAGAUUGGCUGCUACUGGGUUUCAAGAUAGCUUUAUUAAAAUUUGGUCAUUAGAUGGUUCAUCACUUGUGACCAAUAAAUUACCAAGUUAUAAGAAAGAAGAAAUUCUCACUACAGGUGAUGAAACAUCAUCAUUACUUAUCGGUCAUAGCGGAGCCGUGUACUCUACAAGCUUCAGUCCAGACAAUAAGUUUCUAUUAUCAGGAUCUGAAGAUAAAACUGUUAGAUUAUGGUCAAUGGAUACUCAUACAACUUUGGUUAGCUACAAAGGUCACAAUCAUCCUGUAUGGGAUGUGAAGUUUUCACCAAUGGGUCAUUAUUUUGCAACUGCAUCACAUGAUCAAACAGCAAGAUUGUGGUCAUGCGAUCACAUUUAUCCACUACGUAUCUUUGCAGGGCAUUUAAACGAUGUCGAAACAGUUUCAUUCCAUCCAAAUGGUUGUUACGUUUUCACUGGUUCAGCUGAUAAAACUUGUAGAAUGUGGGAUAUAAGCACGGGUGAUUCUGUCAGACUAUUUUUGGGUCACACUGCGCCUGUUUUAACAACAGCUGUAACGCCAGAUGGCAGAUGGCUAUGUACGGGUGGCGAAGAUGGUGUCAUUAAUGUUUGGGAUAUAGGAACUGGUAAAAGAUUAAAGCAAAUGCGUGGACAUGGUAAGAACGCUAUUCAUUCAUUUUCAUUUAACAAAGAAGGCAACAUUUUGAUCAGUGGCGGUGCCGAUCAUUCUGUGAGGGUUUGGGACCUCAAGAAAGCUACUCCUGAACCAAGUGCAGAGCCGGAACAGCCUUUUGCAGGCUAUGUUGGAGAUGUUACCGCUUCUGUUAACCAAGAUAUCAAAGAAUUUGGUCGUAGGCGCGCGAUUGUCCCAACAAGUGAUCUUGUAGCCUCAUUCUUUACCAAGAAGACACCUGUUUUCAACGUUAAAUUCACCAGGACUAACCUAGCACUAGCGGGUGGUGCUUUUAGAGAUUGA